AUGUCCAACAUCCCAAGUUUCAUCGAUCGACUGUUAUCAGUCAAUGACACAGCGAAUCCCUCACUGACUCAUUGCAUCAAGGAGGCAGAAAUUGAUGACGUCAUCCAGAUGUGCACGCAGAUUAUUCUGGAACAAGCUACGAUGGUCGAAGUGCAGGCACCAAUUGCGGUCUGUGGAGACAUCCAUGGCCAGUACGUCGACUUGCUCCGAAUCUUCAACCGGUGCAAUUUCCCUCCAGAUCAAAAUUAUCUUUUCCUCGGUGACUACGUGGACAGAGGACGUCAACAACUGGAAGUCAUCUGUCUUCUCAUGGCAUACAAAAUCAAAUACCGUAACACAUUUUUCAUUCUUCGUGGAAACCAUGAAUGUGCUUCAAUCAACCGAACUUAUGGAUUUUAUGAUGAGUGUAAAAGAAGAUAUUCGUUGCAGUUGUACAAUGCUUUCCAGGACCUUUUCAAUGGUCUCCCAUUGUGUGCAAUGAUCUCCGGAAGGAUAUUUUGUAUGCAUGGUGGCCUGAGUCCCCAAUUGGAUUCCUGGAAGCAGUUGAGCUCGAUCAAACGUCCAUUCGAUCCACCAAACAAAUCAAUUGCUAUGGAUCUCCUUUGGGCAGAUCCAGAGAGUAAUAUGUCGGGAUGGGCGAAGAAUUCUCGAGGUGUUUCGUACAUUUUCGGAGCAGAUGUCGUCAAGGAUUUCACUGAAAAGAUGAAUAUUGAUUUGAUUGCAAGAGGACAUCAAGUUGUUCAAGAUGGCUACGAGUUCUUUGCCGAAAAACGACUCGUCACUAUUUUCUCAGCACCAAAAUAUUGUGGAGAGUUUGAUAACAAUGCGGCGGUGAUGAUUGUCGAUGAGAGACUUAUUAUUUCAUUUGAUAUUCUGAAACCGGCAGUUCGAGAAGUGACGAUUCGUGCACGUGGAACUGCGAAGAAUGCGACGACGAGAAGUAUGCUUUUGAGCAGUCGAGGACCGAAGUCAAGAAUGGGAUAA